GAAGAAAUAUUAUUUGUUACUGCUGUUGGGGUCAUGCUUAUACUGCCAUUGAAGCAUGACCCCAACAGAAAUGAUAACGGGUUCAACCUCAGCAAAACAGAAAUGAAUUUUCUGGCCUCAGUCAAGGUAAUGUUAUUCAAACAUCAUUUGAGUUUCAUAUAGAAUGAGGCCAUUCAGCUGUAUUAACCACCGCAUCCUCCUGCAUUUCACAGACAUCAUUCAAUUGCAAUAUAGUGGUGGGGGCCUUGCGAUUAUUCUUUCUUCAUAAUCUUCCUAGGGUUUUAACUUAAAAAGUUGUUCUUUUUCAUUGAUGUGUUCCCUGCAAGUAGCAAAGAAAGGAAUUACUUCCCAAUGAGGCCACCCAACCUGUAAAGAAAUGCUAAACCCAGAAGGCAGAUCUUGCGGCUGAUCGAUUCGACAAAGCAACCUUAACCCGUUUUGGAACUAGGAUAUGUAUCAACAACCCAUUCCUCUAACUGACAAACCACCUUGGAUUCACCUGGAAACCAAGAACAGGCCACUAUUUGGAACACAUCCAUCCUAAAAUGCUAACUGUAAUCCCAAAAUGGAUUAUCUUCUACUUCUUUGUUGCCACAUCUUUGAUUUCUUCCUCAUUUGCUUGCACAUUCACUGUUACUAACAAUUGUCCAUUCACAAUCUGGCCUGGGACACUUGCUGGUGCAGGAACACCUCAGCUUACAACAACAGGUUUCCAAUUGGAGUCUGGCCAAGGCUUGACAAUCCCCACAAGUCCAGGGUGGUCAGGCAGGAUAUGGGCAAGAACAGGCUGCACGUUUGAUGAAUCAGGAGUUGGGACAUGCCAGACGGGGGAUUGUGGUGGGAGGCUGCAGUGUGAUGGAUUCGGAGCCACACCACCUGCAUCUCUGUUUGAGAUCACUCUUGGCAUCGGCGACGGAAAAGAUUUCUACGAUGUCAGCCUUGUUGAUGGUUACAACCUUCCCCUCAUCGUUGCCCCGCGAGGGGUGGGCGAGGGAUGCAACACCACGGGCUGCGUUGCAAACAUCAACAUGGGUUGUCCAAAAGAGCUUCAGGUGGUGGGCGGAGGCGAGGAAGGAGGAGGUGGGGACGGUGGUGGCGGCAGCGGCAGCGGCAGCGGCGUGGUAGCAUGCAAGAGUGCUUGCAUGGUGUUUGGACUGGACCAGUAUUGCUGCACUGGGGAAUUUGCUAAUCCAACUACUUGCAGGCCUUCUUCCUAUGCCGCCAUCUUCAAGAGAGCUUGUCCCAGAGCCUAUAGCUUUGCUUUUGACGACGGCUCAAGCACCUUCACUUGCAAGGGUUACGACUAUUCCAUCACCUUCUGUCCCCUCACAGACGGGAUAAUGAGAGCAAAUGAUACAAUACUACCAGGUCCACCAAUGACCCAACAGCAUCCCCACGGUGAUGAAGAAGUGAUCACAAACAUGGUUUCUGAAUCCAAUACAGUGUUACCCUUUACAUUGAUGUGGAUUAUCUUCAUGGCCCUUGCCUGGAAUUUGUUCUAAGACAUUACAAUCUCUCGCUUAUGAGAAAAGACAAGGAAAUCAAUCCCACCCUUCUAACCAACUUAGGUUAGGUUCAUGAUUAUACAAUGCUAAAUGUAAAUUUCUAGUUAGUAAAUUUGUAACUUAAGUAGUCCAAGGUGGAGGACUUUAUGUAUUGAAAUAUCUUGAACAAAAUGCACCCAAAAAAAGAAACAUACUAGGAACAAAGAAAACCCAGUAAUCAAUGGAAGUAAUUGUCUCCAUUGUCGUCGUUUUUUAUGCAAUUUUAUAUUAUAUAUAUAGUCUAC